AUGAACGGAGCACCAUCUGAGCAAAGGAGCAAUAAAGGUGGAUCGGCUGCGGAGACUGUAUCUGUGGUAGUCCGAGUCAGACCACUGGGAAAGGAUGGGAUUCCAUUAGACAACAAUGGUGCAAGCUUUUCAGCAUCGGUACUUCCCCCAGACCAAGGCUUGAAAGGAUCUGUAGUCAGCGUAGUGGAUUCUCGUGUAUUGAUAUUUGAUCCUGUUGACAGGAGUGGCUUAAAGCAACCGAAAUAUCAUCAUGGUAGUCGAAGAAAUAAGGAGGUGCGGUACGCUUUUGACAAAGUCUUUCGGGAAAGUGCUACGCAGCAAGAAGUCUAUGAGAAAACUACACAGCCAUUGAUUGACUCCGUAUUGAAUGGCUUCAAUGCUACUGUACUGGCUUAUGGAGCUACCGGUGCUGGUAAAACUCAUACCGUCACUGGAACAUCCUCACAACCUGGUAUCAUCUUCCGAGCCAUGAAGGACUUGUAUCAACGCAUUAUCGACGAAAAGGCAAACAAGGUCAUUGAAGCCUCGUUAUCGUAUCUCGAGGUUUAUAAUGAGACCAUCCGAGAUCUAUUGACGCAAUCUGAAAACUUGGAUUUACGAGAGGAUGAAACCCAUGUCGAAGCAGUCGGAUUGAGUGAGCAUACGCCAGAGUCGGUCGAUAGUGUUAUGAAGCUGCUGCUGUUGGGAAACAAUAAUAGGACAAAAGCUAGUACAGAAGCUAAUGCCACUAGCUCCCGAAGCCAUGCUGUGUUGCAGAUUCAUAUCAAGCAACGUGAACGCGGUGUUAAUGUUUCCAGUCGUUAUACAAAUGCCACUCUCACUAUUAUCGAUUUGGCUGGAAGUGAGAGAGCCUCUGUCACAAGCAACAAGGGUAAACUGUUGCAUGAAGGAGCAAAUAUCAAUCGGUCGCUCUUGGCUUUGGGUAAUUGCAUCAACGCCUUGUGUAUAGGAAGGACAAAUCACAUACCGUAUAGGGAUUCGAAAUUGACGCGAUUGCUCAAGCAUUCAUUUGGAGGUAAUUGCAAAGUCGUCAUGAUUGCAAAUGUGAGUCCAGCUCCACAACAUUAUGAAGAGACUCGCAACACACUCCAAUACGCAAACAGAGCCAAGAAUAUUGAGACGAAAGUCGAACAAAAUGCUAUCAACCUAGAUUAUCAUAUUUCCCAAUAUCCAAUGAUUAUAGCCGAGCUUCGAGCACAAGUAGAUGAUCUGAAAGGACAACUAGAAACUUACAGACUGCAAGAAACAUCCACGGGAGCACCAUUAUCUAAGCCAACAAUACGAACUCCUAUAAAACCAGCUCCAAUAGGUCAUCACCAGCCACUCGAAUCGGAUUUACGUCGAAUUCGAUCACUAUAUAGCAAGCUUGCAGAUCUUACCCGUCAAAAUGUAACGGCAAGAGUCACUAUGGAAAAUCACGAAAGUUGGUCGCAACUUAUAAGUGUCAUUAAAGAUGAGCUUCCAAAUAAUGAUGACUCUACAGGAUACUGGAAUACAUUUGGUGACUUGAUGGCAAACGGAAGAGAGACCUUGACCGAGAUUGGCACCAAUCUGACGGCAUACUCUGACGAGAUUGCCAACAGGAUGGAACAGCUGGCUACGAAAAUCGAGCAGACUGCUUCAACUAUCCGCCAUGAUAACGAUGUAGAUGAAACACUAAAAGAUAGAUUGAAUCUCGAAAUUCAAGUCUUGGAAUCUGGUCUCAAGAAUGUUGAACUCUCACAACGAUUACAGCUUCAAGCUUCGAUACAAACUCGCCAACAAAAGUCUUUAUGGAAUAUGGCAAAGCAAUCAGUCCGUAACAUUAAAAGCAUGACGAAGAAUGACGAGACUGUCGCAUUUCUUGAAGCAUCGGGUCUGGUUAAUGUCACGAAUGAAAGUCAAGACACACUCGCUGAGCUGGUCAUGAGCUAUGAGGAUAUGGAUGAUGUUGAUAUCUUUGCUCUCAUGGCUGAUAUAAGUGAUGAUGAAGAUAGUGUAGGUGUUGAGGGGCAAAAUAGUGCAGCACAGGAAGUUAUCAAAACAAGUAAGAUACCUACACCGGUACGAGGUAAUAGUCCAUCACCAGUAAAAACAUCCGCUGCAUUACUAGUGGAACAGAAUCAAAAGAACGUUGUCGUUGUAGAUUCUAAUAUGGCCAGUGACGAUAUGAUAGUCGACUCUGUAGACACGGUAGAUCUCAUAAACACCAUACCUCCAGACUCACUGGCACUAGCUAGCGUUGCUAAAACUUCACCACCACCACCUGCUCAUAACGAUAGCGCCUUGUCUGCAGUCACUCCAAUGCACAAGAAACGACACCGUGACAUGGACAAUGAUACUAUAGAUCUAGACGCUACACCCAUGGCUAAAAAACCUAAACAGGGAGGCGCGCUAGUGCCAAAGGUGCAACCUCAACUGAUGUAUAGCCUGGCUGCUCCUGUCGAAAGGACAUUGGCUGAUUUGCCUCCCUUUGAGGAAGAUCCAGCCACGCCUCGUCCAUCCAGCCCCAUAGUACAAUCAGAAACUGCUCGAAAGACUAAACGAGGUCGCAGCCACCGAAAAUCAUUAAUACCUUUACCAGCUUCUGUAAGACGAGCAACCAUGUCACGAUCCUUGUCUCCGGAUGACGAACGAUCAGGCACAGAUGAUAGUCAAUCGAGUAUCUCUAGUGUAGAUGAUGUGAUUGCCGUACACGAUGAUCAUGAAGACACAACUGCAGCAAAAGGAAAAAGAAGUCGUAGCGGCCAUAGUAAAGCAAAUAGCCCUAUAGGUGUACCGAUAGAUUUGAUUGGUACUACUGAAAUUGACUCUCCUAUCACAACUCCUCCAAAGAAGGGCAGAGGACGUGGUAGAAAAUCAAAGUCAAAGAAGAAUAGUGCAGUUGACUCGGAUGAAGUGACUGUUGAAGAUAUCAACACCGAAGUGUCAGGCAAAAAAGCACGUAAUAAGAAGGCUCGUGUUACAGCUCCUACUACUCCCGUUGAAUCGGCUGAAGAUGCUGCUGGUGAUGGAGGUGAAAGACGAAUCACAAGAGCUAGUGCAAGAGCCUCAAAGGCAUAA